AUGAGCACCGCCAGCGAUUCCGUGGAUUCGCCAAAAUUGGUACUAACGGAAGAACCCAACAGCCCACCUUCGGGUGAUCAGCCGGACUGGCGCGUGAAAGCUUGUGAGCUUCUGGAAACCCAUAUAAAGAUGCUUAAGCAGAGUAAUAUCGAGUUGGCAAUGAAGUCGGCUGCAAUUUCUUGCUGUCUGGUGGAGUUACUUGGCGAUUUAUCUUUCCUUUCCAGAAGCGCAUCUGAAUCAGAAGACAAAAAUUGGCUAGUAAACCAGCUGGGUCAUGUAAUGCAGACCCAGUCAGUGAAUGCGAGCGAGUUGUUUAGCGAAUCCUGUCCCCCCGUUACUCCUUCUACCGACCACUCAAUAAUCUCGGACUCUAGCACUCCUGCGGAACCUUCCACGGCUCCUUCAGCCAAAAGAACAAAACCGGAGGCUGUUCGGCAGCAUAAACGGCGGAAAACUCAUCACGAACCGAAGGUGGACAUGACGUUGAAGCGAGAACUCAGCUGCGCCUUCGACGAAUCAGAAGACGAUGAGGCAGAGAGUGAGGAGAUUCCAAACGAAGAGCCAAUGAUGGAUGCAGCUGUUGUGCGCGCUGCUUUCCGGCUUUUUGCAAAACACAUUGGUCCAUCUCUCAAACGAGAGUACCGUACUGAAUACGGAUGCCCUCCCACGCAGAGUUGGCUUGCCAACCAACUGUUGGCCCGUUGGGACAAUUUGAGUCCUCAUGAGCGCCGAACUUACCAUAAACGACAUGUACAUAUCAGUUUCUUUUCCAUUGUUCAACAGGAUUCUGGCGAUGCUAAGUCAGUUAACAACGUGGGACAUCUUCGUCGCUUAGGCAUCAAUGUUGACCGUUUGGAAUCGGAGCUGAACUCGGCCGUGGCGAAAGAUGCUCGGUAUUGGCUGGAAAAUGACACGAAAAUUCGGGCUGUGGAACAAGGCGUCCCAACGUAUGAGCACUUCCGUCAACUGGUGGCCGGCUGUCAUCUACGUCCACUAGACAAAUCUGAGCUAACCAGUUUCAGCCAAGCCAGGUCUAGCUGGAACCAUGUACGAGCUGGAUGUCCCGUUGUAUCUGAUACGGAGACCACUUCCUGUGAUAUCACCUCUUCCCAAGAACCCAUCACACCACAAAAAUUCUACUCACACUGGCACACAAUUCGAAGGAAGAAACACUCAUCUGAUAACGAACAGCUUCAUGAGCUCAGUGAAUUUCUUCUCACUCAAGAUUCACUACUCCAUCGUGCCUUGUUCGACAGUGGGCUCGGUGUCAGUAUGCUUUCGGAGUUUCUGACUGUACUUGAGUACGCUUCGCAGCUGGACACCAUGCACUUUUCUUCUCUCAACUCAAGGACUGAGAUUUUAUCGGGUAUAGUUUCCGCGAUGAACGCUUUUUCUACUUCAGACCAGUUUCCUAUCGCUGUUGAUUUCUUAUCAGAAGAUGAAACCUGCUCCGCUCGGCAAUUGUUGGAUCGUAUUGCCGCUCUGGAGCCGGAUGCAUUAUCGUCCAAGGUGACAGAAUUGAAAUCGCACCUUCGCUUGUGAUACUAGGUCCUCAGUAAGCAUCCCCACUUUGGGUACGGAAUUUAACGUGUUCCGUAAUUUCUUUUCAGCUCUAUGUUUUAAUUCCCUGUCUAAUAUGGUUUACCUCUGCCACGGUAUUCGUCCUAUCCGCCUGUUUGUCUCACUGUUCUUAUGCUGCAGUAAUAUGGACAAUAAAAUCUCGCG